ACAUUCCAUAAUGUUCCUUCUUACGUUACUAUUGUUUGUGUUACAUUUUUUCUCACAAUUCAAUCGGUGUUUCUCAAUUAGAUAUUUUCACAUUCACAUAAUUACAAAAACUUUGUUUUCAUUAUUCACCAAAAAUACAACAAUAAAUAAACCAAACAUGUUACAUUAAUUUCAUCACAUUUAUUUUUCAAUAGUAAAGUUUUCAUCUUGUUCAUGAACUUUGCAUCUUAGCCAUGGCUACUAUUGUAAAGCUUCAAGUUUUUCCAGAGAUUAAUUUGAACCAUCAUAAGCUUAGAAGAGGAUUUGGUAGUUCAAAUUCAUCUGGGGUGUUUGGUUUUGGUCAUAAUUUUAAUGGGCUAUCUUUGAAAAAGUGUAGAGCUUUCAAGAGUGAGGAUAGUGGUGAUUUUAAGGAGAAAAAGAUUAGAACUUUGAAGAAAAAUGAAGUGAAAAUUCAAAGGGAAAAUGGGUUUUGGAGUUCUUUUAGGUCUGUUUUGUUGGGGAAUUUCAUGGUGGAUUCUAAGUUAGAUGAUGAGUAUAGACAAGCUGUUGUUAGGGUUGAUGAAGUUCUAUCUAAGAUUGCUGUUCAAAUCGGAAGAUAUAUUGUUACCAUGAUGAGCACCGGUGUCAUCCUUGCAAUUGGAUUUCAGAUGUCAGGUGAAGAUAGUCAAAUGGAUGCCUUGAUAUGGUAUAGUUGGCUUGGAGGAGUUAUCAUUGGAACAAUGAUAGGUGCUAAUUGGGUGUUGGAAGAUUAUUGUCGCGAAGGUCCGCGAAAUGUUGUCAUAACCGGGAGUACAAGGGGAUUGGGAAAAGCUUUGGCGCGGGAGUUUCUUCUUUCGGGGGAUCGCGUAAUAGUUACAUCUCGAAGCCCUGAGUCUGUGCAAGCAACUGUCAAAGAGCUUGAGGAAAAUCUAAAGGAAGGCAUUGCAAAUGCAGUCGGCUCGUCUUUGACAAAGCUUUCUAAAGCAAAAGUUGUAGGCAUUGCUUGUGAUGUUUGUGAGGCUAAUGAUGUUCAAAGAUUGGCAAACUUUGCUGUCAAUGAGCUUGGUUAUAUUGACAUUUGGAUAAACAAUGCUGGAACAAAUAAAGGUUUUAGACCAUUGCUUCAAUUUAGUGAUGAAGAUAUUAAACAGAUUGUAUCAACAAAUUUGGUUGGUUCUAUCCUUUGUACUCGAGAAGCCAUGCGUAUUAUGAGAAACCAAACCAAACCAGGCCACAUAUUUAAUAUGGACGGUGCAGGUUCUGGCGGCUCUAGCACACCUCUGACAGCUGUCUAUGGUUCUACGAAGUGUGGUCUAAGGCAAUUUCAUGGAUCACUAUUGAAGGAGUGCAAGCGAUCGAAAGUAGGUGUCCAUACAGCAUCUCCAGGCAUGGUUCUCACAGAACUUCUUUUAAGUGGCUCAACCAUCCAAAACAAGCAAAUGUUUAAUAUCAUAUGUGAGCUUCCUGAAACUGUUGCCAGAACAUUAGUUCCACGGAUGCGAGUUGUUAAGGGAACAGGCAAGGCCAUCAAUUACUUGACUCCUCCAAGAAUCUUACUUGCAUUGGUCACUGCCUGGUUACGACGAGGUCGUUGGUUUGACGAUGAGGGAAGAGCAUUGUACUCAGCCGAAGCAGACCGACUUAGAAACUGGGCGGAAAACCGCGCACGUUUUUCCUUCACCGAUGCAAUGGAAAUGUACACAGAAAACACUUGGUUAUCGGUGUUCUCACUUUCGGUUGUUUGUGCUUUCAUAAUUCUUUCUAGCACUGGCCCCAAUUUGCCUGGAACAUAAUAUCUUGAUGCAAAUUUGAAACUACAAAAUUAGAAAGGCAUGCAAUUUUGUGCCUUAAAUCAUCAAAAACACAACAAAAUGAACCUAUAAACCAUAAAACAAAGUGGAUCAUUUUUUCCAACAUGUCCACUUAAACUCCUUCAAACAGUUAUCUUUUUAACAUUUUUUUAGUUGUUUUGUUUGUAAUCUUUUGUUGUAUGUGUUUUGUGUAAGUUUCAUGUAUAGUCUUCUAUGUAAUCAAGCAUUCCCCAUUGUGAUGCUUAUUUAUAGUCAAUAGAAGUAUCAUUGUACUAUGUAAUGUAUAUACUUUGAUUAAAAUUUUAGACUAUGAUAUGAAAUUUCAUAUUUUCUGUUA